CUGCGGGUGUAGAGCGCGAAUGCAUAAUUACUUUCUUUUGCGGAUUUCACGCUGAAAGAACCCGUUCUGGUGUGGAACUGUGCUUGUUGAUGCAAUGGAACCCACCGCCUCCCCGCUCGGCACAUCAACAGCGGCAAGAUCUGCAGAUGCGGAAAUCGAACAAUUCCACAUCGAGUAAUGGCUUGUUGCAUCCCAGCCGCCUGCCGUAACGUUGUGCCGAGUUUCGACAGAGUGUACUGUGAAGAAUUACAUGGGCAACAUUAGCAAAGAAAACAACAACAAAACAACAGCAUUACCUCACAUCCGGACCAACGAUAUCAUCGCUCUGGAUGAUUCAGGCUGGCUAGCAUAGCGAAGGCAGAUUUCCGCAAUGGACAUUCGGAUGUGUUUUGUUGUAUAGAAAGCUAAACAUUUCUCAACAAAAGUGUUCCUUUCGCCGUAAUCCGUGCGUUUUGGUGUGUGCCUACUGUGUGUGUGUGUGCGUGUGUGUGUUUCCGACGCAUGUUCCAAAAGAAAGCCGAAGCGUAAGCAAAAAGGAAACCCACGCGAAGAGCAAAGAAGGGGUCGUUGUUAUAGCACAUCGGACGCACGCAUCUGACUGUGGCUGUGUGUGUUGACGGGCGCGUGCGCUUUCAUCGUGGUGUGCGUUGUGUGUUCUAUAGCGGCGAAUGUCAAACCUUGAGUUUGACAGAGAUUUGUUGGUGUUUUGUUUCCCUCUUGCAUCUCCCGGUCAGCAGAAAGUGUGUGUAAUCAAAACGCAAACGCCCCGUGUGUCUGUUUUUGAUCUAGUGUGCCGUUCACCUUGCCGGGUGGAAAAGCAUUUCCGUCGCGAAAAGCCGGUAAACCGUUAGCAGGAAGAGACGGUGAAAUAAGCAAAAAUUGCCCUGUUUGCUGUGGCUAGGAUUGUUUAGCAAACUUGUGUAACGUCCGAUGCAUUUCCUGCUUGGAAUGCAUAUGGCCGUUGUUGGUGCACGGGAGGCAGUAAACAAACGUGACCGAGGCGAAUUGCAUCUAGUUGGUGACAUUUGAACGACCGGGCACCAGUUCGGCUUUAUGUGCGGUGGCAGUGCAACAUAGAGUCCCAACGCGCGCGGAAUCACUAGCAAGCCGACCGAAAGCGUCUGCAAGUGUAACUCGCUAAACUCUAGUUGCUUGUAAGAAAUCCAAGCCCUCCCCUAAGAAGGACUUCAGCAUCACACAAGUAUACGGGCACCGUCAGGUUUUAGCAAGGUGGAUACUAAAAGCAACCUGGGACUUUCCCAGGAUUUCGAAAGGAUGGUCGGGUUGACGGGUGGAUCGCAUCUGUAUGCGGCCGGCAUACCAGCGGCCGCACAGGAAAUCGUCCGCGACAUGGCCGCCAUGCCAACGGCGGCCCCGACCAGUGCGGACGCGUGCCUCAGUAUCGUUCAUUCGCUCAUGUGCCACCGGCAGGGAGGCGAGAGCGAAGGAUUCUCCAAGCGGGCCAUCGAGUCGCUGGUAAAGAAGCUGAAGGAAAAACGGGACGAGCUGGAUUCGUUGAUUACGGCCAUCACCACCAACGGGGCACAUCCGAGUAAAUGUGUCACGAUACAGCGUACGCUCGACGGGCGAUUGCAGGUCGCCGGACGCAAAGGAUUCCCGCACGUGAUCUAUGCCCGUAUCUGGCGUUGGCCCGAUCUGCACAAAAAUGAACUGAAGCACGUAAAGUUCUGCCAGUUCGCGUUCGAUCUGAAGUGCGACUCGGUCUGUGUUAAUCCCUACCAUUACGAGCGUGUCGUUUCUCCCGGGAUCGAUCUGUCGGGACUCACGCUGCAGUCUGGGCCAAGUCGCUUAAUAAAGGAUGAAUACACGCCCGGCUCGGUCGUCGGUGGAGGAAUGGAUAUCGAUGGCAAUGAAAUUGGCACCAUACAACACCAUCCCUCGAUGGUUGCCGGUGGUGCUUACGGUACCAUGUCGAUGCAUCCGCAAGUGCCCGACCCAUCGCAGUUGGGUGGGCUGUAUGGGUCUAGCAGCGGUCCACGGCCGAUACCGAAGAUGGAAUCUGCCGAACAAUCUCGAAAUAGUGGCCCCAGCAGCUGGAUGAGCGGUGCUGGCAGUGUCGGUGGUCCAUCCUCCGCUGCGGCGGCCAUGCUAUCCUCGGCAUCCUCUUCCGGAAGCCAGCAGCAGCACCCUCGCUUAUCUUCUUCUUUACCACUUUCAUCCGUUAUCGGUGGUCCUGCCGUGCUGGCAAACAAUGGUUUGCGACCGUCGCAAAGCGCACAGCAACAGACACAACCAUCACAGCAGCAACCUCAGCCUUCAUCACAAUCCAGUUCUCAACUAACGAACGGCGGAAACAGUGGCUUACUGGGCAGCGGCGCCACCCAGUCAAGCUCUAGCGGUGGUGGCACUAGUGGCGGGCUGAUCGGUGGAGAAGCCUCUCAGUACUAUACCAACACGGCUAGCACGGACCCCUCCAUGGGAAACGAUCCGCAAAGUGCAAUGGGGCCUUCCAGUAUGUCCGGCUCGCUUUCGGCAACCUCGCCCGUAUCGCCCCACCUGCAGCAAAAUGGGUACGUGUCGGCCAGCAAUGGGCAGUCGUCACAAGCCGGCCCUUCCGUUGGGCAGCCGCAGCCCAAUCAAACGGGUGCGCCACAAUUCCAGCAACAGCAGCAGCAGCAGCAACAACAACAAUCACAGCAACAACAGCAGCAGCCUGGUGGUUCCGCGACGUGGUCCGGUUCGAAUACUCUAAACUACACGCAAUCGAUACAACCGCCGGCACAUGCCGGUGGUUCACACCAACAGCAACCGUCACAGGCCGCCGCACAAUACUGGCCCCACAGUUCCGGCAGUGGUACUGGUGGUGGUGGUGCUGUUGGUGCUGCCACCGGUUCCACCGUUGGUACCGCCACCGGUGGACAGCUGGCAGAACUGCCCGGUCAGCAGCGCUUGCUGUCGCGUCAGCCCGCACCCGAGUACUGGUGUUCGGUAGCGUACUUCGAGCUCGACACGCAGGUGGGCGAAAUGUUCAAGGUACCUUCGAACCGGCCAAACGUCACCAUCGACGGGUACGUCGACCCGUCCGGUGGCAAUCGGUUUUGUCUCGGAGCCCUCAGCAACGUGCAUCGUACGGAGCAAAGUGAAAAGGCUCGGCUACAUAUUGGGAAAGGUGUACAGCUGGAUUUGCGUGGCGAAGGAGACGUUUGGUUGCGGUGUCUCAGUGAUCAUUCAGUAUUCGUGCAGAGCUAUUACCUCGACCGGGAAGCGGGCCGAACGCCCGGCGAUGCCGUACACAAAAUCUAUCCCGGAGCGUGCAUAAAGGUAUUUGACCUGCGGCAGUGUCAUCUGCAGAUGCAAUCCCUCGCCAACUGUGCCCAGAAAGCGGCUCAAAUGCAAGCCGCCGUUGUGGCGGGUGUGUCGGCCGUAGGAGCUCCCAGAAGUCUUUCGGCGGUCGCUGGAAUCGGCGUGGACGACCUGCGGCGUCUUUGCAUCCUGCGACUGUCGUUCGUGAAGGGCUGGGGUCCCGACUAUCCGCGACAAUCGAUCAAGGAAACGCCCUGCUGGGUGGAGGUGCAUCUGCACCGUGCGCUACAACUGUUGGACGAAGUGCUGCAUCAGAUGCCGAUUGAUGGACCCCGGGCCAUCGAAUAAGCUUAAGCUAACAGUAAGCUAACAGAAUUGAAAACAUUGAGCAGGUGCGGUACGGUAAGUAGCGUUUAAAGUACACUACAUCGCGCGGGGCAUGCGUUUGGAGUUUCGAUUCCCUUUCAACCCGAUUCGAUUGCAGUGCUGCUUGUUUCCAGCAGGCCAACCAGGGACGCUUUCACACGAGCGUUUUCAUGUAUGCAACUUCAAGCUGGUUGCGUUGUAAUCGGAUUGGUAGAAAAGGUGUAACGGAAACGCAUGCUGAAACGGGGGAUAGGUCUAAUCGGAUGUACGAUUGAUGAUCGUAUAUCGGAUAAGAAUUCGUCGAGAGAGCGAGAGAGAAAAAACAACACUAUGUAAAUAUAGAUUCGGACCAUAAAAGGGUCCGUAAUGAUGUGGGGUGAAUGGGCGUGUGUGUCCGAUGACGACGACGUGUUGGCGUGGGUUUCGUAGUGUGUACAAGUGUGAUUCUAAUAUGACAAAGAUUUAGUUUGAUAAGAACACAGGCACAUGCAAGCGUGAAAAAUGUAAAUGUGCGCUUUUUUUUUGAGAUGGCCACGGUUAGGCGAGAUGUGAAUAGUGCUACAGAAACUAGGGCAUGAAAGUGAUGCAACCUUAUUACAGCAAAAAAACCAUUCUCUCAUGUAUACUAAUGUUGGGCAAAGAAGCAACAGAAAUAUGAUAUAUUACGACACAAACACGCAUCGAAGCAUAAGGAACAUAGAAAGCACUACACGGUGUCUUUAUCGGUUUGCUAUUCUGCUGCGAUCGAAAGUGUAAGCCUGCUAGCGACUAAGACGCGUUGGAUGCAUGUACUCAAUACGUUUAAAAUAGCAAAACACUGCCUCAAUCCACACCGAGGGGAGGGAUAUUGGCACCUAGUGGCACAGAAUACAAAUUUGGCGUUAAAUUAAACAGAAAAGGGAAGCGAGUGCGCUUAUGCGUGUAUCAAAGCGUAACAGAAAACAAACAAACAAACAAACCUACAAAAAUGUUCUACCUCUGAUUGAAAAAGUAUGUUAAACUAACAUGAUGGAACUCCUCCUGCCUGCUGGUGGUGGUGGUGGUGGGCAAUGCUAUCCCGAGACUCAUUGAUUUGAUUUGCCUACCGUUGGGAGUACUAUAUCGAUCAAAUAUGUUGCUGAAGCAUUCGCUAGAGUUGUAACAAAACUCGUUAUAAAAUGUACAAGGAGUAAAAUAUUGUCUGCACACGAGAAACAAAUCUUACUGAAACCAAUUUAGAGAUUUGAUUUUACUUUACAAAACCCUUGGGAUGGGUACUUUAAAAUAACAUUGGGCAAUAGCUUAGUUUCCCCUUUUUUUCUGUUUGUUGUGUGAAUCGCCUUUAGGUGAGAAUAGUGGUAGGGAUUGUUACAGGCAGAGCCUUCCGUUUUUUAUUCCGGGGUUUCCACUUUCUUUUUCUUGCACAAUGAACCACAAAAUUAAACCGCUAAAGUGCCCCCACAAGUUUGUUGCUUAAAAAAAAGCAAAAAAGAUACAAUCUUUCUUCUAGUACGAAACUGUGCUUCGCCUUUGUGCCAUUUUUCUUUUUUGUUUCCUUCGUGUAAUGGUUUCGUUUUAAAUUCGCGAUAGUUGUGUGCGUGUGGUGUAAUUGAUUGGUGAAUUUUAAAUCCCUCGCCUUGAUCAUUGUUUCUUUCACAAUGGUAAAAAACAAAACAAACUAAAAGUGCAAACUUACUCCGCAAAAGACAAGACAAACAAGUGCAAUGAGAGUCCAACAGGAGGUGGUGGAAGCAAGGAGUAAAAUAGUAAUGUAACGAGCAUUGAUUGAAAUGACUAUGACUGGUAGUGUGGAGGAUGAGAUACACACAGCAGAAAUGCACGACAAACUUCAAAUUCGGUAUGAAACAUACUAGGAAGCAGCAGCAGGGGGGCGGUACGUUUAUCUCACAAGGAGAUAAACUUCAAACUUCAAAAGACAAACCACAGAAUGAUUAUUUCUCAACCAUCAAUGCUCCUUGUGCCUUUUCAUCCAAUAAUGCUUCGUUCUUCACGGAACCGAUACAAUCCGCUGCAAUUGGCAAAGUUCUUUAUUAGUUUGUUGUUUUCAGCUGUGUUGGUUUUGAUUUGUGAUAGAUUUUGAAAAAAUAGAGAUAGAAAUUCAAAAGAGCAAGGGCUUUAUGCCACGAUCCCAUUCAGAUAGACGACAGAUGGACUCGUUUCGUUGGUUGGUAUACUUUGGGAGUGUACUCUCUUGGAAUAGACACGACACAUAGGAACGGGCAGGAUAAGGCUACCCCGAGAAGUACCGGUUUGAGUAGUUUAUGCAACGUGACCUGGGCAAGGGGUGAAUGUGGUGAAGCAGCAUUACAAACAGAGGUAAUAGAAGCUAAAAGAAAGCAAAAAUUAUGCUGAAAAAGUUUGCAAAAGUUUGAUAAGAGCAGAACAAGAAACAAAAACUAUAUACAACAUAGAUUUAUCCCUAUUACGACGAAGUGUAAAUGAGUUGCAUCAUUUUAUGAAAUAAAAAGAUCCACUAUUUUUAAGUAAGUA